AUGGUCAAGCUCAAUUUUUCGGGUGUCCCCGGUAUGAUGGGCAUGACUGAUUCACAGCCUCGUCUCAUAACUCUUCUCAGAAGCGCGACGAAAUCGAGGAUCUUUGGACACCAAUCAAGAGAUAUGACAACACUCGAGCACCCCGGGAGUGUCCAACUGCACAGCCCGCUACUGUCUUUACCCAGGGAAGUAAGAAACAUGAUUUGGAGACAUCUCAUGGGCGGCAUGAUUAUUCAUCUAUGGAUUGAUGAAGAUUAUGGCAAGAAGCUGAGAGGUUCAUACUGCUGGGCUGAAGAUGAGAACUGCCGACUGAGAUGUAGGGCUUGGCUUCAAAAGAAAGGGACGAUCAAGUGGCCCACUAUUGGAGUUUGGGGAUUUGCUAUGUGUUGUGCGCAAGCAUAUACGGAGAGCAUACCAUAUCUCUACGAGUUGAACGCAUUCGACACUAGAUCUCCAGAGGUUGUUUGUCGCCUUCCGAGACUUAUCUCUGCACCAAAAAUAAACGCCAUAACUUCCUUUACAUUCUGCUGGACCCUCCCGAAACCACCAUCUCUCUCACCAGUAUCUCGAAGACAUUGCCAUGAGGAGAAAUUCGAAGAGGCCAAGAGAGGCUGCAAUGGUUACCAAAGAGAGUGGAUUCAAACUUGGAAAUGUCUAGCCGCAAUGCAAGGGUUGGACUUUCUGCGCAUCGAGAUCAAUAUUGUUGGACGAGAGGCAGUCACGGGAACAUGGGAAGCCGCGGACUUUUACAUCAUGACGGUUGUCAAGAUUCCCCGCACUCUCCAUGUGGUCGUGAACGAUGAGAGUGCAAGGAGGAUGAGGAGUGUCAUCAAAGCACCAAAUCUGACAAUCGUUGGUAUCCUGGAGGAGGAAGUCCAGCUGAGGCGAAAGUUAUCUGGACAAGACGACUAG